CUGAGGUCAUACUUAAGAGUAAUAAUAAGUUGGGAUUCAUUUGACUGUCUCUGUCUCAAGACUUUCAUAGAGAUGAGGGUUACUCCUGCUUUCCUUUGGAUGGCAUGAGAUCUGCUUAAUUUCAUGUCUCUUCAUAUAAGCAGCUAAUGGUCAUUUUUAAGAGAAAGAUCUAAGUGCAUCCUUACUUUUAUCCUUUGAAGUUGAUUGACUAGAAAAUGAAGUAUAGUUGCAGUAAAGGUGCUAAAGCUGUGCAGAUUUGUUAAAAUAAUAAAUAAUGAAAGACAAUAAAUAAUCACUGAGGAGAAAACAAAUUACAUUGCUCACAGUACAUAUAAUCCAAUGUAUUUCACAACUGUCAGUAAUAGAUGUCAACUUUUAUUAAGCAACAUACACAACAUGGUUCUUUAAAUGCUAGGUGUGCAACUGAGAAACACAUGCUUCUUUGUUAUUUUACUUCAGGGAUCUAUAUGUGCUCAAAAUGAGUCUCAUUAAAUCACUAUUGGUGAAUUGCAACUCCCCAAGCAAUGUUUCUGUUCUUAAACAAGAAUUACCUUGUCCAAAAGAGACUGAAAAUUACCAUAAAACAACAGCUAAGAAAGCUUUAAAUGAGGAACUUCUGAGGAGCAUUCAAGAGUCUGAGAGGGAGAUUAAUCAGUGGAGCCAUAGUCUGCCAUCUGUGACACGUGGAAGCCAAGUCGGCAUGGCCACUAAGAGAAGUGGCAGCUGCAGAGCAUGGGACCAGACCUCGAUGCAGAGCCUGCAGCCACAAGGGUUGAUUUAAGGUUCUCCAGGAAAGCAGAAAUCAGAAAUGAGUAGAAGACUGCAGCCCUUGUUUGGGAAAGGAGCAGUGCUUAAUGACUGGCUGGUCAAAAGUUUUUAGGAAUGGAGAAGCUGAUUGUUUGUGUGCACAAAAGGCAAAAUGCUCUCUGUAGGCUGAUUUGCUUUCCAUGGGCUGGAGGUGGAACUUCUCUACUUGCUCAGUGGGGCAAACGGUUAAGCAACUCAAUUGAAGUGUUCUGUGUAAGGUAUCCUGGAAGAGAAACUCGUCUUAAUGAGCCUUUUGCAAAAGACAUGACAAGCAUGGUUAAUGAAGUUACAAGUGUUUUGUUAAAAGAACUUCAAGAAAAACCAUUUGCAUUUUUUGGUCACAGUUUUGGAGCUUACCUGAGUUUUGCAGUGGCACUACAUUUGAAAGAAAAGUAUGGACUAGAGCCGGUCCAUCUUUUCGUGUCAGGGGCACAUGCCCCAAAUUCUGAAGCAAUUCUUCCAAUCAAAAACAUUUCUGUAUCUGAUGCAAAAGAUGAAGAAGUUAUUGAAUAUCUACAAACUGUAGGAGGAACUCCUUCUGUGCUUCUGCAUAACGAAGACAUUAGGAAAAAUCUGCUGCUUACUUUUAAAGAAGACUUUAGAGUGUUUCAGACAUUUUCUUUUGAGAAGGCAGAAAUGGAUAUCCCCUUCUCUUGUGAUAUUACCUGCUUUAAUGGGGGUGAUGAUAAACCAUAUGAUUUACAAGGUUGGCAAGAACUAACAAGUGGAGAUACAUCCUUUUAUGAGCUUCCUGGAGGUCACUUUUAUCUGCUAGAGCCCUCUAAUGAAAUUUUCUUGACAAAACACAUAACAAGAUGCAUAGAAAAUGCCGGUCUAUGACUAUUUCCCUCAAUUUUAAUAGCAGAAGGUGUAAUAUUAGUCCACAGCACUUCAUAAGUCAUUAUUUCUGCAUGCAGUUAUGCCUGAGUUGUUCUGUUCGUCCUCUGUAAUCCUUUAAAAGGGGGAGUUUCCUGGGUUUUUCUGAAAAUAAACAUUGGCUUUGUCUUAAAAAAACAGGUUUCAUCUUU